AAAAUAUGCUAGAUGCCCUGAAGAAGUGAUGAAGUGAGAUUGCCGUUAAAAAAUACUCUUCAUUUUUUUGGGAAUGGCUGCAUUGGGAGCCGGAAUUGGGAUCGCCGUUUUUUAAUGCUUUCCUUCAGGAAGAAACCAGUGAUCAGAUUGCUUUUGGCUUUGAUAAAGCAUAGGAGCGAACAUUUCGAUCGCGAAAUGAAAAUUGAGGGGCUUGUCUCUUCGAGAAGAUACACCUACAAAGAAAUCAAGAGGAUGACAAACUCUUUCGAAGAAAAGCUAGGCCAGGGAGGCUAUGGCUGCGUGUACAAAGGCAAGCUUCAAGACGGUCAACUUGUGGCGGUGAAGCUUUUGAAGAAAUUGAAAGGCGAUGCGGAAGAAUUUUUCAAUGAAGUCAUGAGCAUAAACCGGACUUCUCAUGUCAUUGUUGUCAGCCUUUUGGGGUUCCGUUUUGAAGGAAGCAAAAGAGCUUUGGUUUAUGAGUUCAUGCCCAAUGGAUCACUCGAAAAGUUCAUAUUCAACAGGGGUAACACUUUGGAGUUAGAUCAACAAUUGAGUUGGGACACAUUGUACCAGAUUUCGCUCGGCAUUGCUCGCGGGCUGGAGUACUUGCAUAGAGGCUGCAAAGCAAGGAUCUUGCACUUUGACAUAAAGCCUCACAACAUUCUCCUCGACGAAAACUAUUGUCCCAAGAUUUCCGACUUUGGUCUUGCCAAAAUAUGCCCAAGAGAAGAGAGCAUCGUGUCGAUGCCAGGUGCCCGGGGCACCCCUGGAUACAUUGCUCCGGAGUUGAUCAUAAGGAAUAUUGGAGGGGUUUCUCACAAAUUAGAUGUCUAUAGCUAUGGUAUGAUGGUUCUAGAGAUGGUCAGCAAGAGGAAAAACAUUGAAGUCACCGAAGAUCGUACCAGCGAAAUAUACUUUCCUCAUUGGGUCCACCGACGCCUAGAGCUUGGAGAAAAUCUUGGGCUGCACGGGAUCACAAAUGAGGAGGACAAAGGAAUCGCUAAGAAGAUGAUUGUAAUAAGCUUAUGGUGCAUUCAGAUUGAUCCGAGAGCUCGACCAUCUAUGACCCAAGUUGUGGAGAUGCUAAAAGGAAGUGUUAAGGCCUUGCAUAUUCCUCCGAAACCAACCUUGUCAUCCCCCUCAAGAUUGCUCACGACUUGUCUUUGUGAAAGUUCAUCUCUGCAAGAGAGUAAUGACUUGAAUUUAGGUUAUUCAAUAUCAGUUAUAUGACCGACAUAGUUUGUAAUAGAGUAUUAUUAAAAAAAAAAAAACAACCGUGACUAUUGAACUGUUGACAAA